ACAGAGACGGGCAGGGCCCUGUGGAACGCUCUCCUCGCCCAUUGGCCGGGCUGCGCUGCCCGGAGACGCUGGCGCGAAGAGAGGCCGCCUGCGCCCCGAGCCCGGGCACAUGGCCUCUAAUUACAGGAAACCUGGGUUGGGUGCAGUCCAGCGGAAGAAAAGUGGAUUGAAACCUGAAUUAACAGAAGAGCAGAAGCAGGAGAUCAGAGAAGCAUUUGAUUUAUUUGAUACUGAUGGAUCUGGAAGCAUUGAUGUAAAAGAACUGAAGGUUGCAAUGCGUGCUCUAGGCUUUGAACCAAAGAAAGAAGAAAUUAAAAAAAUGAUAGCAGAUAUUGACAAAGAAGGAAGUGGCACCAUUGACUUUGAAGACUUUUUGGCUAUGAUGACCCAAAAAAUGAGUGAGAGAGACUCAAAAGAAGAAAUCUUGAAAGCCUUCCGAUUAUUUGAUGAUGAUGGGACAGGAAAGAUUUCUUUCAAAAACCUAAAGAGAGUUGCCAAGGAGCUGGGAGAGAAUUUAACAGAUGAAGAGCUACAGGAAAUGAUUGAAGAAGCUGACAGAGAUGGAGAUGGAGAAGUAAACGAGCAGGAAUUUUUGAGGAUUAUGAAGAAAACUAGUUUGUAUUAAUGUUUGUUGCCUUCUCUCAGAGUUAUUUUAAAAUGUGAUCUGCAAAAGGUUUAGAAAAUACCUGACUUACAUCCCUUUUUCAUGAUGCUUCACAAAUCUAAGGAGAGCUUGAAAGGAUGCAUUUUUGUUUUGCUGUUUUUCAGUAGAAUCUGUUUUGUUAAAAUUGAGGCCCUAUGUAGGAUGAUUCUAGUUGACAGAAAAACAAGCAAAAUGAGAUAUUACAAAGGUGAAAGCUGAGGGUGGAUGUAGACUAUAAUAGUUGUGAGGGGUUCAGGUUUUGUCUGUUGCGGUUUUUUUUUAAAUAACACUUUCAGUGACAAACACUUUGGGGGAAAAAUGUAUAUUGUUUCAGCACCAUGGAUUCUGCAUCAUUUACCUUCAUUUAAAGUAUGGAGCCACAGUACAGAUGUUUUCCAGCAAGUCUAGGGAAGACCAGGUUGACUUUUCAAUAUUUCUUAGACUUCCAAACAAACCUAAAACCCUUCCAUGCUUGGAUUGUCCAAAUUUACUGUAUGACUAAUAGUUGUUUUAUUGCAAGAUACUAAUUUUUGAAGCUUUGAGUUCCUGCUAUUUUCUUACUUCAAGUACUUAAAGUGAAAUUCAGUUCUAGGGUCCACCGAAACCAAAGUUGUACAUGCCUGAGGAAACAUUGGCCAUGGCAGCUUAGAAACACUUUUAUACAAUCUGAUCAUACCUUAAAGUAGAGAAAUAAUUUGUCGCACUAUACAGAUAUAAAGAACAAGGAAAUUCAGGUCCGGUUAGCUUUGUGGCGUUUCCGUACAUGCAGGAACUGUAUUUUAAUUUUAUGGGAGUACUUUUACUUCCUUGGGAACUCUAUGUAUUGCCAGUUUCUAAGCCUUACUGGCUGGCCACACUUAACUUCCUUAGGACAAGCAUAUAUCUGACAAAUGAUGCUUACCAUGUCAUCUGAUGACUUACUCCACAAGGAAGGAUAUUCCAUAGGACAAUGUAAAAUCAGCAUGCUAAAACUAUAAAGAGGUUGUACAACCUAAGCUAUGUGCUUCUCAAUUACAGUUUCCAAAAACAGAGCUCAGAAGGGAGAGUUUGACAUUCGCGCAAAAUGAUAAUUAGAAAAAUUUGGGGACAAAAGGGGAUAUUGUCUCCAAGACAAGUCAAGAUCUUACCUUUUUCAUGGCUCUACUGAUUAACAGACAGUAAGGAAGCACUCCCCAGAAGAUUUGUCUAGUAAAACAUUGAAACUUAUGAUGAUGAGGUCCUGCGAGUUGUUCCUUCCUCAUCUCUGCAGUUGGAAAGUAACUGCAAGCAGCUGCGAGGCCCCGCAGGGCAGUGCUGGAUUUAGGCACAAGCUAAGUAAGCUACAGCUUAGGGCCUCACAUUAUGAGAAGUCUCUAAAUAUGAAAAAAAAAUACAGUAAAACCUCACAAACCCAGCAGUCCUGAGCACGUGCUGGAAAUUUGAAAAUGCCGUUUUUUUAAAACCGGCACUGCGGCCAGUCAUGGAGCUGGGGAGGGGUGGAGUAGCAGUGGCUGGUCCCAGGGCACCAGCUGCACUCAGAGCAGCGGUGCGGGGUGCUUAAUGGAGGUGGCAGCAGCUACGUGCAAGCUUCCCUUGCCACUUCUGGACCCACAGGGGUGGAGCGGCGGCCAGUCCCAAAGCGGCGGGGGAAGUGCUGGAUUUGGUAAUGCUAUAGUUUGAUAUAGUUUGAUAUAGUUUAGGGCCCCAGCAUGUCAUAAUCUGGCCCUGUCUCGGGGGGGAGAGUUAGUCCCAGGUAUGGAUUUGGGGAGAGUUAAUAUAUAUGCCUUUGAAUUGCAGAUGCAGCACUGGCAUGUUUUGUUCGAAUCAUUCUAUCUUUUCUACAGCUGGCUGUUUUCUCUGAAUAGGCCACAUUCAGCCUAUGAAGAGGUUGGCUUAAAUCUAUGGAAAACCAAAUGUGUUGAACAAAACCUCUUUGUGAACUAAAAUAUUGUUAUCGAAUCCUCUGCUAACCUCUUCAGUUGCAGUAGUUAUGUCCUCCAGUACUGUUAACAUUAAAAAAUGUAUGUUUUAACUGUACAAUAUGAAAUAAAAGUGUUUUGCAAGUA